CCAUCCAAACCCUGAAUCUCUCUUUCCCUACUUCCACUGAAUCCAUGUCUUUCUGACAAAUUAACUCAUCGCCGCUACCCAAUAAUCUGCUGCCACUGCACCAACCAAAACAUAAAUAUCAUCUAUAUCUAUUUAUAUUCAUAGAUAUGUAUACAAUAAACCCCACAAAAAUAACCCCCCGAUUUCCGCUCUUAAACCCUACUCAAGGUGUACAUAAGUUUGGAUUUCCAACUUUUUUGCUACAAAACAGGGGAUAUAAAGCAGAAUCCAUAAAGAACACGGCUUGGAGUUUGGAAACUGUUAGACCAGCAACCGUGGUUCAUGUCGAUGAGGCGGUUAAAGCUGUUAAAGAUGGGAAAGUUAUAGCUGUGCCUACUGAUACAUUAUAUGGUUUUGCUUGUGAUGCUUGCUCGGUUGAGGCGGUUAAUAGGAUAUAUGAAAUUAAAGGGCGGAAACUUACUAGUCCUUUGGCGAUUUGUGUUGGAAAUGUCGGAGAUAUUGGACGGUUUGCUGUCACUGAUCAUUUGCCUUUUGGGUUGCUUGAUUGUCUGCUACCUGGGCCUGUGACUGUGGUGUUAGCAAGAGGGGAAUCAAGUAUUCUUGAGAAGUCUCUUAACCCUGGAUUACAUAGCAUAGGAGUUCGAGUACCUGAUUCGGACUUUAUCAGGAUGAUUGCUCAUGGCUCUGGAAGCGCACUGGCUCUCACUAGUGCAAACCUUAGUGGAAAACCUAGUAGUGUCAACAUUAAUGAUUUCAAGAACUUGUGGGAACACUGUACAUAUGUUUAUGAUGGCGGUAUUCUUCCAGCAGGACGCGCAGGAUCAACAAUUGUGGACCUUACGAUGCGCGGAAAAUAUAAGAUCUUGAGACCAGGAAGUGCCAAGGAAGAGACCAUCUCUAUAUUGGAGAGGCACUCGCUACUAGAAGCAGGAGCCACUGCUUAACCGUUGAACCUUCCAUCCUAUUGCUAAAUCUUGAAUUUCUUCACUGUUGACUGUGACUUUGACUUUACUCAAGGUACUAUAUACAUUAGCACGUCUUGUUUUUCACUUUGAGAUUUCGGUCUAUCUUUUAGGCUAGUUAGUCUGAGUGUGCUAUAGAAGAUGUCUGUCUUUGUUAGGUUAAUACAAUUGAUGACAACAGUUGUCAUCAUGUUUUUUGGUAAAUAUGCUAAAUGUUGACCCUGUGAAAUCAAAGGGAAACAAACACGUCGGUUGUAAUGUAAUAUAUUGUUGAUUGAGUAAAUUCCAUGUUCAUUAGGAGUUAACGUUU